GAGGCCGCGCUGCAGCUGCUGUGCCGUGCAGACGGAGAUCCGCUAUGCUCUGCCUGCCGCAUGGCCGCGGGCCCGGAGCCGCCCGAGUGGGAGCCGCGCUGGAGGAAGGCGCUGCGCGGCAAGGAGAACAAGGGGUCCGUGGAAAUCAUGAGGAAGGACUUAAAUGAUGCCCGGGACCUGCAUGGUCAGGCAGAAUCAGCGGCUGCUGUGUGGAAGGGGCAUGUUAUGGACCGAAGAAAGAAGGCCCUGACUGACUACAAGAAGCUUCGGGCCUUCUUUGUGGAAGAGGAGGAGCACUUUCUGCAGGAGGCUGAGAAAGAUGAGGGUACUUCUGAGGAUGAGGAGCAGGCUGACCCGGCAGACCGCUUCCGCUCCCUCCUGCAGGCUGUGUCAGAGCUGGAGAAGAAGCACCGUAACCUGGGCCUUAGCAUGCUUUUGCAGUGAUGAUGCUUGCACAGCAGGCUGGCACCCUGGAGCAUGAGGCAGAAGGAACCACCCUCCACAGCUGGCCUGCAGCACCCCUACCUACAUCUUUCAGGCCUCUCUGCCUGACACCACCCUUCAUCCUGGACAGGUCCCAUCUCCGUCAACACAGACAGCAUGGCGGUCCUGGAUGAAGUGUCAGAGGUGCCCCGCUUUUGAUCAUCCAUAUAGUUCCAUUUCUCAGCAGUGUUUUUAAUUUUCUUUGGGGCAUGAAUGUGCUGCUCAGGCCUGUACCUGUUUCUAGUAGAGACCAGUCCUGGGAUUUCCUUCCCAGUCUGUCCCAACCCUGCCAGAGACCACUGGAGAACUCUGAAGGCCCUGCUUCUUGUUUAGCUACAGCUUAGGGCCUAGUGUGGCGAUGUCACUCUCGUAUCCAGGAACAAAAUCUUGCACCUUCCCCAUUGGUGCAGGGUUGACUCACCAGACAUUCCUCAACAAGGCUCUAGGACAUGCCAGUUAUAGUCAGCUUGUGUUAGUGCCAGGGAAUAGACAUGCAGGAGGCCCCAAGGUAUGGCUGGGAAAAAGAAAAUAAAGCAUUCUCCACCCUCUGGAGGACUGCUCCUUCCCUUUGGGUCUUGCUGUGCUAGAUCCUGGGAGCUGUCUUCUGCUUUGCUUUCUUAGCCUCUUUCGUCCUGGCUUGUGCCCCUUGGGUGUCACUGGCAUCCCCAAAGUGCUCCCUAUUGUUACCCACCUCUCAUGGAAGGGACCUUCCUCGCUGCAGAAGAGCAGCAGGGCUGGCGUCUCCAAGCCACCUGGUUCUUUUCUUGGCUGUGUUUUUGGCUUUUUCUCACCUCAUAUUUUCUCCAGUAGGUGAAUUUCACAAAACUCGUGGCGUAGCGGUAGCGUGGUUGCCUGCAGCAUUGUGUGUGUAGAUAACUAGUCCAAGAAACCAACCCAGCAGAGUGGACAGACAGACCAGGGGCCAAAGACACAGACCUGUGUAGGUUCGGGGGUAGCGGUGUUCUGUCCUCAGAAGGCCCCGGCCUGGGGUGUAGUGACUGGCUCCAGCUUGACUCCCAGGUAGGCUGGGUUCUCAGUGCUGAAUAAAGUGGUUUGCUCCA